AUGUUCUGGCGUGUGCUUGUAAUUUUCUCUCUUCUUUUCUCUCAAAUUCUCUCAUCCUCUGCUCAAACAUGUCAUGGUCAGAAAUACACCUUCUCAAUCAACGAGGUCUUCAGCGCCUGCAAUGACCUCCCAUAUCUGAACUCUUCACUGCAUUGGAACUACAGCCCAUACUCCGGUACCCUCCAAAUCGCUUUCAGGCACAUCAUGCUCACGUCCAGAUGGGCUGCUUGGGCGAUCAACGCCAAUGGCUUAGAGAAAGCCAUGAUUGGAGCCCAAGUGCUUGUUGCUUACCAGCUAGACAAUGGAAGCAUGAGAACCUUCACUUCACAGAUCACUAGUUAUGUUACCACCAUGCCUGAGGGAAAACUGAUUUACGAUGUCUCUGAUUUUACAGCAACUUAUGCAGAUAAUGAGAUCGUAAUUUAUGCUACCUCGGCACUGCCAAGCAAUAUCACCACCAUCAACCACGUUUGGCAAGAGGGUCUGGAUAAAAAUGACAGUCCAGGAACUCAUUCUUUUGAUAAUGAUAGUACUAGUUCCUACGGGAUCCUCGACCAUCUUUCGGGGAUGCAGGCAAGAAAGGAAAAAUUAGAAGGCAGAAGCAAAAAUGUGCAUGGAGUGGUAAAUUCAGUCAGCUGGGGUAUCAUGAUGCCUGUUAGGUACGUGAAGUUAUUCAAAUGCAUAGAGCCUUCAUGGUUUUACAUUCAUUUCAUCUGCCAGUGCUCAGCUUAUGUUCUUGGAGUUGUUGGAUGGGCAACUGGUAUUAGACUCGGCAUUGACUCUUCUGGGGUCGAACACUGGGGCCACAAAACACUUGGCAUUCUCAUGUUCAUCCUUGGAACACUUAAUGUGUUUGCUUUGCUUCUAAGGCCCAAAAUGGAUCACAAAUACAGAUUUUACUGGAACAUAUAUCACCAUUCAGUCGGACAUCUUGUUAUUCUUCUAACCAUCAUUAACAUAUUCAAAGGAUUUGAUAUUUUGAAGCCCGAGAAGAAGAUUAAGAAUGCAUACAUUGGCGGAAUUGUGGCUUUGGUUGUCGAUGCUUUGUGGAUGGAAGCACGUUUACAUAGUAUAUUGGAGAAAUGA